CUCUGUUCGAUUCCAUUUAUAAUUCGCUCCUCUUCCUCGCCAAACCCUACUCUGAUCUCACUUUCAUUUCCACAAGCAAAGAAGAGCAUCGAUGGCAAUCGCGAUCCAUGAGGUGCCCCUGAGCUCCGGCUCCAAGACCAUGCCCCGCAUCGCCAUGGGCACCGCAGCCUUCCCUUUGCCGCCCUUCGACACCACUCGGGACGCCAUACUCCACGCCAUCAAGAUCGGCUACCGCCACUUCGACACCGCCUCGCUCUACUCUUCGGAGGGGCCGCUAGGCGAGGCCGUAGCGGAAGCGCUCCGAUUGGGGCUCAUCGUAUCCCGGGACGAACUCUUCAUCACCUCCAAGCUCUGGAUUCGGGACGCCCAGAGCCAUCUCGUGCUUCCUGCCUUGCGAAAGUCACUUAGGAGCCUUCAGUUAGAGUACCUUGACCUCUAUCUCAUUCACUUCCCCAUUUGUGCCAAACCUGAAGACACUCCCACGUCAAUUUCAAAGGAUGAACUAAUGCCCAUAGAUAUAAGCUCAGUAUGGGCAGCCAUGGAAGAGUGCCAAAGGAUGGGGCUCACCAAAUACAUCGGAGUCAGUAACUUCUCCAUCAAAAAGAUUGAGAAACUGCUUUCUACUGCAACAAUUCCACCAGUGGCCAAUCAGGUGGAGGUGAAUCCUCUUUUCCAACAAAAGAAGUUGAGAGAGUUUUGCAUAGCUAAAGGCAUUCAACUCUGUGCUUACUCACCGUUGGGAGCCAGAGGAACAGAAUGGGGUCAAGAUUGGGUUAUGGAGUGUGAGAUUCUGCAACAAAUAGCCAAAGCUAAAGGAAAGACUCUUCCUCAGAUAUGCUUGAGGUGGGUUUAUGAGCAAGGAGAUUGUGUGAUAGUGAAAAGCUUCAACAAGAAAAGAUUAACGGAGAAUUUGGACAUACUGGAUUGGGAGUUAAAUGAAGAAGAGAGGGCGAGCAUAAGUAGUAUUCCUCAGCGCAGAGGAAAUCAAGCUUUGUAUUUCAUCUCAGAGAAUGGACCCUACAAAUCUCUGGAAGAGUUUUGGGAUGAUGAAAUAUGAAGAGGGUUUAGCUAAAUGAUUUGAAUUUGUUUUUGAUGUAGGUAAGUGUACUGUAUGAUUUCAAUACCUCCUCUGAUAGCAUGGGAUCUUGUAUCUGAUUCACUCACAUGCCCUAAUAAAAAUCAUUCACCUGUUCAA